AUGGCUCCCGAUAAUAAGAAGAAGGUCUCAGUCGAUGAGCUCCAGCUGCAUGCGUCGCCCGAGAAAUGCUGGCUGUUGGUCAACGGAGCUGUCUGGGAUCUUUCAGAAUUCGCACCGGAGCAUCCAGGUGUUAUCCACCGCCAUGCCGGACGUGACGCAUCUGCCGUAUACAAUAGCAUUCAUGCGUCUUCUCUCCUUGAGAAUGAGCUGGAUGGUUCCAAGAUGAUUGGCUAUAUUGCCAAAGACGACUCUGGCAGUUCAUCGAAGAUAUUGAUACCAUCAGAGGAAUCUGUAGGGCUAACCACAGUAACCCCCAAAGACAAACCCAAGGGUAGGCGGCCAUUACAGAGCAUCAUUAGCACUCAUGAUUUCGAGGAAGCUGCGUCGGAGAACCUCUCUGCAAAAGCCUGGGCUUUUUUCUCCUCGGCUGCGACCGACUGUAUUACAAAGCGAGCCAACGAGGCCUACUUUGAUCGAAUAUGGCUCCGCCCUCGAAUCAUGAAAGAUGUCAAGGAGAUUCGCUACGACACCAAGAUGCUCGGCGUCUCCAUUCCCAUGCCUCUAUUUGCAAGCCCAACAGCAAUGGCGAAGCUAACACACCAGGAUGGAGAACUGGCGAUUGCAAAGGGUUGCUCCAAGUUUGGAAUUCCUCAGACGAUAUCCACCAAUGCCUCGUUUCCCAUGGCCGAAAUCACCUCCGCUGUCGACAACACCUUCUUCUUCCAAUUAUACGUCAACAAAGACCGCACCGCGUCGGAGAAGCUCUUACGACAAGCCGAAGCCUGCGGUAUGCGCGCCGUCUUCGUGACAGUGGACCAGCCAACCCCGGGGAAACGCGAGGCAGAUGAGCGCGUCAAGGCAGAAGGGACAGUCCUCGCACCCACGCCGAACGGAGCGACAGCGAGUAACGACAGGAAGGGAAGUAGUCUGGGGCGCACCAUGGCUGGUUUCAUCGACCCGACGCUCAAUUGGGAAGACAUCAAAUGGAUACGCAAAUCAACAACACUGCCUCUUGUGCUGAAAGGGGUACAGGCCGCCGAGGACGUCCUGCUUGCUGUCAAGCACGGCAUAGAUGGCGUGUUGCUGGGCAAUCACGGGGGCCGCAGCCUGGACACGUCUCCGCCCUCGAUCAUGAUUCUCCUGGAGCUACAUCAGAAAUGCCCCGACGUGUUCAGCCAUAUCGAGAUCUUCUUGGACGGCGGCAUCCGUCGGGGGACGGACGUGUUCAAGGCACUCUGCUUGGGUGCGCGUGCUGUGGGCAUGGGACGCCAUUUUCUCUACGCUGCCAAUUACGGGCCAGAAGGGGUUGAGCAAUUGAUCGAGAUCAUGCAGGAUGAGUUCGAAACGACGAUGCGCAUGAUGGGUUGCAUCAACCUCUCGCAACUGCAUCCCGGGCUGUUGAAUCUGUGUGACGUAGAACAUUGGGGCAACGGCUUGCGGCCAGUAUCUAGACCGAAGCUUUGA